AAUCAAUCAACAUGUCUAUUGGAGUACCCAUCAAGGUUCUGCAUGAAGCAGAGGGACACAUUGUAACCUGUGAGACCAACACUGGAGAAGUGUACAGGGGCAAGCUGAUUGAGGCAGAGGACAACAUGAACUGCCAGAUGUCCAACAUCACAGUAACCUACCGGGAUGGCAGAGUGGCACAGCUGGAACAGGUCUACAUCAGAGGAAGCAAAAUCCGAUUUCUUAUCCUUCCAGACAUGUUGAAAAAUGCUCCUAUGUUAAAGAGCAUGAAAAAUAAAAACCAAGGUUCAGGAGCUGGCAGAGGGAAAGCUGCUAUACUCAAAGCCCAAGUGGCUGCAAGAGGCAGAGGGCGUGGAAUGGGACGUGGGAAUAUCUUCCAGAAACGACGAUAACUUCUAUUUUCUAGUUUUAAUUUUUUGUAUUUUUUUGUUUUGUUUUUGGUUCUGUGACUGCUUAAGUGACUUGUUUUUUGGCGAAUAAA